AUGAGGGACGAGGACGAGCUGCGCGCGGAGGUUGAAGAGCGCCUUCUCCACGAUGCAGCCCAUCUGAAGCUUGCACAUCGUCAGAAGGUGAAUGUGCCUGACCAGAAUGCAGAAGGAGAGGAAGGUGACGGGUCAACCUACGUCACCUGCAAGGCGCUGGCGGACAGUCUGGCCGCGUGCGAGCUGGACUCGAAAGCGAUGCUUCAGUGGGGCCUGGCAAUGUCCGCCAAGCUGGCCAAGGUUGUGGAGGAGGAGAAGGCGAAUGAUCUCGAACGUGCCAAUGCGAAGAAGAAAAAGGCACGUAGCCGGGCUACGAAGACGAAGAAAGCAAGGUUGGCGCAAGCAGACGCUACAGCGGAUUGGAGGACUCUAGGAAAGAAGCCCGUAUCGGGAGCAAGACAUCCACAAGUCACCGCCACGCACAAAGGACUUCUGGCCAAGGCCACGGCUAUCGAGACCCCGGACUUCGAAAACAUUUCCUCCAAGGCAUACAACCCCGAGGUGGUCGAGUUCCGGGUUUACGGGUAUGUUGGAUUGGCGAAUCGUCAGAGCGGUCGUCAGGUGCAAGUUGCGCCACCCGUCCUGGAAGGCUUGUUGGCCUCUCGUCGGUUGGGUUCCCCGAAACACUCAGCCGCAGCGAUCGUGGUAGCGCUCCAGAACAAAGAGAAAUGGGACGCUCUACCUGAUCCACCUCGGCCGAUUGAUUUCUUGGACCAGCACCGUGUGCCGAUGAAGAUGGCAGCCUCAUCAAAGCGAAUUGAAAAAGUCGAGCUCGUGCACAUGGACAGGGCCGAGCUCCGCCUUUUCGAUUCGAACGAUACCGCUGGACCCAACCUGGUAUAUGGAUACACGCUGUGGUGGGUGCUGCGUCAAUUUCGAGGUUUGUCCCAGCUGUCGUCCUCGGAGCAGCGAUCGCAGUACGAGGCAAUAUUCGAGACAUAUCCCUGGCCGCUGCCCGAGUGGCAACAUCUCCAACUUGAAGAUGGCAAGUUCCCUUCGCCAAUCUGGACCCACUUCAACGACAAACAAAAGGAGUGCGAGGAGCUGAACCGCGUCCACUGUGUCCUCCAUCUCAGCUCAAAGUUCCCUCGCGCCAAGGGCACGGGGUUCAGUCACCUAUCAAACGGCUUGAGGAAACUCUUUGUGGCCGAGCACAGAAACACAUUCCAAUCAGUGCCCUUUCGACUCGUGGACUUUGAGCCGCAGUGGAUGACUAUCAAAGACGAGGAGGAAGAGGAGCCGGAGCCGCAGCGCGUGGCACAAACGAUCGUCCAGCAGGAUUCGCGGGAGAUGUACUUCAGAGGAGGCACCGAGGAAGACCACGCCUUGUUGGACGAGGACUUCAGUCUGGAAGGAGCCAACCGCCUCAAGCGGGUUUACACACGUCACGGAGUCCCCCGGGAGCACAAGCCGCUGCCACCAGCUCUCGAUCCUCGGGACAACGAGAACGAAGAGAACUGGCGAGACAGGUGGCGAAUGUUUCUCGAGCUCGUCAAGAAAUGUGCCAAACUUGGUCAGAUUUCGAUGCACGAUCUCAAUCAACCCGACGAAGAUCGCCAGAUACUUUGGGCUCACGACAUGGGAUCGGAACUCAGCUGGACCGACGUACAGAUCUACAUUAAAGACGGCAACGACCGAAAGGUUGUCUUCACGAUCGUAUUGGUAUUUCCGACCGACGACUCGUACCUACAGGACAUGGAGAGUCUGCUUCCUUUGGAUCCCAACACCGACGAAGUUAUGGCAAUGGUUGAAGCAGAGGAGAAGCGAGGUGACACUGCUAUCGCGACUUCGCCGAGAGAAGAAGGCGCUGCUGUGAUUAUCGAUAAGGACGGCGGCGGUGCGAACGAUGUCGACACUGGAGGCGUUCGUAACGAGGAGGUGGUCGACGCUACUGCUCUGACCAAGGAAAAGAAGCCGAUAAGUGCGCCUUCGACUCGCAGUCAGUCAAGUCGUCGGGCGGCUAGAGACAGAGCACGACCACUCAACUUUGACCCGAUGGGUGAUGGUGAUGACGAUAGUGCCGAUGCUACUCCGAGCAAAGGCGAUCGCUCGAAGCGUCUCGGUAGCCCCGUCCCUACCAGCGACCGCGCCGGAAAGAAGCUCAAGAUUGAUAGGAAGCGCGACGCUCAAAGUGCAUCUCCCGCCUCUGCGAGUCGACCAAAUAAGAAGCGGGCUACAGCCACCUCGGGGAUCACUUCUACAGAGAGACCUGCACCACAGGCGAAAAGCGGGAAAGCCACCCCCGAGCCCAAGUCCGCAGAAAGAGUGGUUGAUCAAUCAGACGAGCAAGUGGUCGAUAAGCAUUGGGAAAGCUUGGACGAUUAG